AUGGCCGGAAAUACGCUUCAAUCAACACGAAAGUUGGUCUCUGGGUAUGAGAUUCCUGUGGUUGGCUUCGGUGUAGGUCUCUAUGGAUCUCACGUUUACCAAACACCGGCCGAUGUUACAGAGCGAGUAACUCUCAAGGCUCUGGAACUCGGAUACCGCCAUGUCGACAGUGCCAAGGUCUACCAGAAUGAAAAAGAAAGCGCUGCGGCUAUCCGCAAGUCUGGACUGGACCGGUCGCAAAUAUUCUACACAAGCAAGGUGCCCCGCACAUAUAUGGGCUACGAAAAGGCGAAGCUCGCGAUCGAUGAGAGUAUCGCGGCCGCUGACCUUGGCUACAUUGAUCUUAUGUUGAUUCACGCUCCUUAUGGCGGCAAGGAACAGCGACUUGGCACAUGGCGCGCCCUGGUGGAGGCCCAGAAAGCGGGCAAAAUUCGCUCGUUGGGCGUGUCUAACUUUGGCGUUCAGCACCUCGAGGAGCUGGAGGCGUAUAUCCAGAGCGGCGCAGGUGGCCAGAUCUCUGUUGGCCAGUACGAAAUUCACCCCUGGUGCCCGCGUGAUGAUGUGGCCGAGUGGCUGCAAAAGCGUAACAUCGUUGUUGAGGCAUACUCGCCCCUGGUGCAGGCGACCCGUAUGAAGGAGCCGGUACUGCAGAAGCUGGCUCAGAAGCACGACAAGAGCCCAGCUCAGAUUCUGAUUCGCUGGAGCUUGCAGAAGGGAUAUGUUCCCCUCCCGAAGUCCGUUACCGAUGCACGUAUCCUGGAGAACUCGCAGGUCUUCGAUUUCGUCCUGUCGGAUGAGGAUAUGGCCAGCCUCAAGCUCAACGAGUAUGCCCCAGUGUGUUGGGACCCAGUCCGUGAUUGCAAGAUCUAG